ACCUCCUUCGCCCUCUCCGGCGGCCUCUCCAGGGCCCUGUGCCUUAUCCACCGCCUCCAGCACCAGCGCGGUGGCCGGCCCCGCGGCCGGCCCCGCGUGCUGUGUGUGCUGGCCAGCCCCGACGCACCCAUGCAGUACAUUCCGGUCAUGAACGCCAUCUUCUCCGCACAGCGUGCUGAGGUCCUUCUAGAUGCCGUAGUUCUCGCGACCGAAGAUUCCAGCUUCUUGCAGCAGGCAGCGCACCUUACAGGCGGUCUGUACUUCAAGCCUGCCGGUGCGGGUGCGCUGCUAGGUUUACUUCUGAACUACUUCGUUUGCGACACCUCGACGCGGAAGCAACUUGAUGUGGCCCAGGAGCUUGGUGUUGAUUUUCGAGCCUCGUGUUUUUGCCACAAGUACGUGAUUGAGACGGGGUACGUGUGCUCUGUAUGUCUGUCAAUAUUCUGUCAGCCGUCGCGGGCGUGUUCCACUUGCGGUACGGCGUUUACGAUGGGCGGCGGUGGAGGAGGCGGAGCGGCGGCGGCAGCGGCAGCAGCGGCGCGGGGCGGAGGUUAAGGCGGCGACACGUCGAUGCGGUGGGAGGAAAGGAAAGGCCAGCGGGGCCGCGCGGAAGCCGCAGCACCUUCCACACCUCACACAUGGAGUUAUUCAUUGGGGUGCCCCUAAGCUUGACAGACUAAAACCCUACAGACAUACAUGCGGAGCCACGCAGUCUGGGUUGACGGCUCGAAAGAGGGGAGGAGGAGAACUUGCGGUUUUGGACAUCUUGUUAAGGAGCAUUUUGGGAAAAUUUACGUUUGUGUUUGUGGUGCCAUAUUGACCCGGAAUGGACCGAAUGGCGAUUAAACCUUUUGUAGCCCUCUUAGCUUUAUGUUUUCCUUCAAUGUUUUUCUCAGUCUCGUUAAGUUUCCCUUUUCCCACUUGCUUAUCUGAUUACACUCCGUUGCCGCUGUGUGGGCAACCAGUAUGCUGCUUGUUGGGUGGAUUGGCAUUCACAGACUUGCGGGUGGGCUAGAAGACCAAAGCUUGCUACUUGGCAGGCUGGCAAGUGCCCUCGUGCUCUUGGCUUUUGUCAAAAUUGUCUCUAAAGGUUGCGUAACGGUAGGUCUGCAGGAGACGGCCAUGCAGCUUCUAAGGAUGCACGUACCCUGCCGUGCUCUUUGCGCCUUGACGGCUACUACUAAUUUCGGUAAAGCUGCUGCUGGAGUUC